AUGAGCCGCUUACUGCCGUCCGAGUCCCUUUGCUGGCGAAGGCUAUACACAGACGCCUGCCUCUUUUAUGCUGUAUCUGAGGUUUCUGAUUUGGUACAGGAUGAUGCAGCAGCUACAGAAGCUGUAGCUUUCUUAGAUCGCGCUAUCAUUAUAGCAGGCGCUCCAGGCAGAUUGGAUUCCAUCCAUCAACUCAUCAAAGAUAUCCAAGAUAAUCUAACGCUGAAACCACUCAGAGCCUAUUCUGGUCACAAACAAUCACUGAUACAGAUGUACCACUCCAGCGCCUUUUUCCUUAGUAUUCCUUGCAUUCACCCUCCACCAAAUGCCUUCGGGAGGGAGUGGUCACAAAAGCCAUUUGUACUCCAACGUCAUGGUUACGUACAAGGUUGGAAAGCCUUAAGUUCGUGGGCGUCUAUUGACUAUCUCCGUUCCGUGGCGGGCCCUGGUCGUCUUGUGCCUGUUGAAGUUGGAAAAGACUACAGGACUGAGGAAUGGACCCAAAGGCUGAUGAGCUGGGACUGUUUUCUGCAGUCCCUCGAUUUUCCUGAACACUCAGCUCAACCCCAGAAUGAGGUGUUAUACCUUGCACAACAUAACCUCUUCAUGCAAUUCCCGGCACUUGAAGGGGAUAUUGGUAUUCCCGAAUACGUUUAUGCGUGCCCUGAUCCCCCAUCUUGUUAUCCUGCUUACAAACCUCCGGGAAAUACGGAUGGGUUGAUCAUCAAUGCGUGGCUCGGCCCAAGGGGUACCAUUUCCCCAGCCCAUACUGACCCCUUCUUUAAUUGCUAUGCCCAAGUGGUCGGUCGCAAGACUGUCUGGCUCGCACCGCCUGAUGUUUCCGAUCUGAUGUACCCAUUCGGCACAUCGACAUCUGACCCUGCUGAUAAAUCUUGCAAUCCGGCGGCCAACAUUACGGAGCCAUCGAUGUGCAAUACAUCUCGAGUGGAUGUGUUUCCUGAUUCCCCGGAGGUAGAGAAAGUCUCGCGAGAUGCUUUCCCUGAUUUUUGGAAAUGGGUGCCGCAGAAAGCUAUGUGCACGACUUUGGCCCCCGGUGAUGUGCUAUUUUUUCCUCCUGGAUGGUGGCAUGCAAUGCGGAGUGAAGAGACGAGUUUUUCUGUUUCGAUGUGGUUUUAG